CCAAAGCCACAGCCUCACCCGAACACCUCCUCCCGGCCAGCACUUCGACGUGGAUUUCGGCGGGAAUUCCGGUCCCGCGCGCGUGGUCAUCGACGAGCGGGAAGGAACCGUCUUCAUCACCCCGGCCGGCGCUUCCCACCCGCACACGCUCGUCGACCUCAGGAAGGGUGUGGUCGUGUACAUAGUCGACCGCGAGUGCCUGGUGAGCUCGACUCCCCGAGGGACCCAUCGCUAUGCCCGGCUCCUCGACGCUUCCUCUUCGUCUUCCUCUUCCUCUUCCUCCGCCGCCGCCGUCGCCGCUGCCAUGGCUUCUGGGUCAGGAGGUCAUGACCCCGGCACUCUCUACGUGUCGAGGGCCAUUCCGAGCCAACGGGUGAGAUCCGAGGUGGGGCGUCACUUGGCCGCCUGGUGCCAGCAGCGGCCGACGUGGAGGCUGUCCCGCCGCCGCCCCUCCCUCCCCUCCUACAGGGACUACCUCAGGAAAUACGCGGCCAACCAGACCGCUGUGGCCGGAGGAGCGCACUUCCGCCGCAAGAGACGAGCAGGGCGCAGACCCCGCCUGCACAGGUCCGUGAAUGGCAAGAACAAGAAAGGGCGGAGGCGGAGCAAGAAGGGCAAGAAAGCGCAGACGAAGGCCCUGAGAAGGAGCAAGAAGACCGCGAAGGCGAAGGCGUCUCCGCGACUGGAGUUCCCGGCCGCCCCUCUUCCCAAAGGCCGGCCAGAAGAAAGCCCAGAAGACGCGGUGACUGCCAAGAGUCCGGUCGUCCUCCAGGAGGCCCUGUCCCCUCGUUCGUCCGGAAUGAGGAGGACGGCCAGGGCUUCAGGCAUUACCGGGACUUCUACCACAACUCCGACGGGGACCUGGACGCCGAGGAGAGCGCGCCGGCCCCGGUUCGCCCUCGCUCCAAGCCCAAGACGAAGAGCCGCGCCCGCUUGCGGUCCAGGAUCGACAUCCCCGAGACGAUCGUUAAAGACGGACAGAUCUUCUACAGGUACGACGCUGAGAUCGACUCCGGGAGGAACAAGAAGGACCAGAGUAAGAGGAGCCACCAGGGCGGCCAAGAGUAUUUGGAGAGCGUGGAUGGCUUCGCGGCGACGUCUGACAACCACAUCCCUGAUGCAACUCCUGACCUCUUAGUUGACGGUCCCUUGGGCGCCGGAGACUAUGGCGGCGGCGUUCUUGUUGAUCAUAACUUAAUAGGCGACGAUUACCCACUCGACCUCCAGGGGUCACACGUACAGACGC